GCAAACAUACCCAGUCUCCAGGGCUUUGCUUAAAAAGGCUCAAAGUGAUAUCACUCAUUCUUUCGAAGAACCUCAGUUAUAGAGAUGUUUUAUGUUGUUUAAGAUGCAUAAAGCCUACCAGUCAAUUUUACCAUGUGGCAACAAAUAUCUUCAGCAAAAAUGGGACAAAGCAAACUAUGAAGAGCACAAGAAAAGGAUUCAGACAGCCAAACCUGUAGUGGACACCACUACUCCUCUAACAUAUGGCCAUCUUCACUUGAAGUUAAAGAAGCUAAAGCUUGAGAAGGAACGGCUUUCAGUCAUCGAAAGAGACAAUCAUUUACUGCUGGAGAAGAUGUCCUGCAUCAUGAGAACGAAAGGGCGAAUUGAUAACAAAAAUUACUAUCAGGCCAAAAGUUUAAACAGGGAAAAGCGAGAGAAGGAACUACUGAGAGUGAGCCAAGAGAACCAGGCCAUUCUGAAUAGGAUAACAAAGUGUGAGCCUCAGUAUCAAGUUCAAAGGUGGCAUGAAGACUGGCAAAGGGUGGAAAAAUACAUGGACAGCAUUGCAAGAUAUCCUCGUGGGUGGUAUAAAUUGCAGAAUCGAAAGGAACAAAAACUAAACAAGAACGCAUCAAAACAAGAGAGAGAAAAAAGAGAUGAGCACCAGAAUGCUGAAGAUGUGAAACGAAAGACAGAGGAGGGAGAAAAAGGGGACGUCCAAAAUGGAGAGGAAAAAGAUCACCGAGAGAGAGACACUGUUUUAGAAAUGGUGUAAUUCCAGCCAGUCCCCUAUGAACACAGUUCAAGCAAUUUCUAGAACUAAACAUGAGAAGGGGUGCGUGGGAGAGGCAGUUGCAAGAGCUUAUAUAGAUGCUAUCAUUUUAAAGAAGUUACUGUAAGUGCAGGUAUUAGGCACAUGUCUUUAUUAACAUAUAUAAAUUUCUUUAUCUUUGCCAGCAAACUAUAACUCUGCAUAGUGUUUCAUGAACACAAAUGAAGUGGGAGCAAAGCUGGGGCAAUGAAUUGACUUUAUCCAGGUAAUUAAUCCAGCUGAUUAAAACCAGCUUGUUAAAAAAUAACUAUAUUUUAAUUCUCACAUUAGUAUCCAUCGGAGAUUCACCAGUGAAGGUUGACUUGGAUGACAGCAAAUAGUUUAGAGUAGUGUUGUUUUUUUUCAAAUGUGUUCAUAGGCUGGACCCCCUCUUGAGAUGGCUGGGUGGACCACCUCCCUCCUUGUUCAUGAUCUCCUGUCAGCUUUGUGGCAGCUACAGCAAUUGCAUAUAUGGAGAAGUAAUAUUAAUAAUACAUUAAGUAUUUCAUUAGUUUCUUUUCCUGGAAUUUAGAAGCUGGAAACAAAGAGGAGAAACAACAUCCUGGGAUAAGCCAACCAGUGCUUAAUUUGUGCCGGGACUUGCCGGUGCUGAGCCCAGCACCUCUAAGCUUGGGAGUUCAUAGCCCCAGCACCUCUGGGCUUGCGGCAUCAGUUAUGAAAGUAAAAAAAUUGCUUGUGCCCCAGCACUUCUUUCAUUACAAAUUAAGCACUGGAGUCAGCUCUCUGUGUACCACCAGCAAGUGCUCUCCAGGCCACCACUACUCCACAGCCAAUAAGAUGGGAAUUCUUGGUCUAGAGGAUGCAUCCUCCAACCUUUUUAUGUGAUACUUCAGGGGUAGGCAACCUAUGGCACGCAUGCCAAAGGCUGCACACAAGCUGAUUUUCAGUGGCACUCACACUGCCCGGGUCCUGGCCACCGGUCUGGGAGCUCUGCAUUUUAAUUUAAUUUUAAAUUAAGUUUCUUAAACAUUUUAAAACCUUAUUUACUUUACAUACAAAAUAGUUUAGUUAUAUAUUAUAGACUUAUAGAAAGAGACCUUCUUAAAAUGUAUUACUGGCACACAAAACCUAAAAUUAGAGUGAAUACAUUAAGACUUGGCACACCACUGCUGAAAGGUUGCCGACCCCUGUGAUACUUCAUGGAAAACACCUAUUGAAUCCACAAAAUAGUUAAGCAUACAAACCCAGUCAAGUGAAACUUCACUACUCUUGGAGGAUAUAAAAUCUGAAGCCAAAUAACAGGGUGUAUUAAGAAGUAUUGGCUUUUGUUUUGUUGGAAAUAAAAGUUACAAACAUGUCUUAAUGACUCAUGAACUGUCAGUCCUGGAGGCUGGCUACUUUUUUCAGAGCAUUCUCCUAGUAAUAUUUUACAGGUCAGAGAGACAUUUUCCUUUCUCAUUUGGAAUACAGCCCAGCUGAACCAUGUUUAGAGCAUUGAUGAGAGGAGAACUUCAGUUUCUUAACUGUAUAAAUACUCAGUUGUAAAUAUUUGUCUUUAUUGUAACAAAACUGUGGUACAAAUGUAACCCUUCCACCAGAUGGAGCCAGCAGCAACCAGGGCCAGGUUUAAUAUUUAAGGGUUCCUUUCCAUUGAUACAACACAGAACCGGCUACAGCCCCCUUGUAAUGUGGGAAAAUUACACACCACUCCUAGGCAUCUCAGAGAGGCAAUACUUCCCUACUUGCAAGCACUGAGUCCAAGUGUAGAACAGAAACUUUUAAUAAAAGGAGGGAAGUAACCCAGAAUUCAUUUGAGAAAAUACUGCAAACAGGGUUCAUAAACAUAAACCAUGAGUAAAAGACUCACUUCCCAAGUAGGUUGGGCGGUGCCUUUUCCCCCAUCAGGUUCUUAAGUCCAGCAACCCAAAAGUCACUUUUACAUUCCUGACCAGAGCCGUAACUAGCUGUUUUUGUGCCUUAGGCAAGAAUAUAAAAUUGCGCCCUCCCACUCCAUAUAAUUUCAUAGUAGUUACUUUGUAAAAAAAAAAAAAAAAAAAAAAAAAAAAAAAGGAAAA